AUGGGAACUAUGCUUCACUACACUGUGACUGGUGCAUUUAUCAGCACCGCUAUCGCUAUUGGUGUGACAUUCGUCAUCAUCUUCGACAUCAUUAGUGACAUCAACGAUUUCCAGAGGGACAUCGAAAAAGACCUGGAUCAAUUCAAGCACAUAGCCAACGAUGCAUGGAAGACAAUGAUGGUAGCUCAACAGAAUGAAGGCAUUCCGGUCUUCAACUCGGCUAGGAUCCGAAGAGGUGGCAGCUACAGCGAAGGCUAUAGUGGUGGAAGAGGAUCGUACAGAGGUGGAAGUGGAGGCAGUAGACCAUCGUAUGCAGCUGGCGUUGGUGGCUCUUACGGUCGUAGUGGCGGUGGUGGUUGCAUGUGUGCAGCUCAAGCAUCAGGAUGUCCACGAGGACCACCAGGUCCUCCCGGUCUACCUGGAAUGCCGGGAGAGGAUGGCCAGCCAGGUCUUCCUGGAAGAGCAGGAGGAGCCGGUGUGGCAGUGAAGGACAUCACAGUGGAGGUUGCAUUUCGUGCCCAGCCGGACCUCCAGGUGCACCCGGUCCAGAUGGAGCUCCUGGUCCAGCCGGAGCCCCAGGAAAUCCAGGAGCAGACGGACAAGGGAUGGGAGGAGGUAUGGCCGGACCACCUGGUCCUCCAGGCGCACCUGGACAAGAUGGACGACCUGGUAGCCCCGGACAAGAUGGAGCCCCAGGAGCACCAGGAACGAGAUCCUUCGGACUUCCAGGACCAGCGGGAGCACCCGGACCAGCAGGAGCCACCUGGUAUGCCAGGGCAAGACGGUGGUCACUCUGGUACAGGAGGCCCCGGACCUGCAGGACCCCCUGGUGCUCCUGGCAACGACGGAGCACCAGGAGCACCGGGAGCUCCUGGAAUGCCUGGUGGCAGUGGAUCGCCAGGAUCAGAUGCUGCGUACUGUCCAUGUCCUGCACGUGCUGGAGGUGGUGGCGGUAACUACGGCACCUCCAGUUCAUACUCUGCAGGAGCAAAACCCGCAAUGGCA